AUGGACAUGUCUCCCUCUGCUCCGACUUCACCUCCGACAACACCAUACCGGCACAACAAGCAGCCAAGCACGGCGUCCCUCGUCAUGCAGCGCGCAAAGCGCAGCUCCAGUCGCGUCACCGACGGCGUCAUGAGCAGGUCCAGCGACGACGACGGGAACAGGACUGCAGUCAAAGUUGCCGUGAGAGUGCGACCCCCUCUGAAGCCGACCGACCCCGGCUACGACCUGAUACCGCAGCGAUUUCGAGAGGCGACCUGUGAAGCGCCCACGCCCACCAGCCUGUCCGUCCAAUCGCCGCACGGAAAGAAAUUGUUCGUGUUUGACCGGGUAUUCGACGAAGCAACUACUCAGGAUGGGGUGUGGGAGUAUCUCAGCGACAGUGUGUCGUCGUUUGUCAAAGGUUACAAUGUGUCAAUCCUGGCAUAUGGGCAGUCUGGUUCUGGCAAAUCGUACACGAUGGGCACAUCAGGCCCGGAGGAUCAGGACAGCCCGCAGAUUAAGGGCAUCGUUCCAAGAGCAGCGCAGAAACUUUUUGAGAAACUGGUGGGCGCGCCGCACAGACAGUCGGCGCUGCAGGCACCGAAGAGAUAUUCAAUGCAAGCUCUGCCUACCAUGGCCAGCUUUUCGAAGGCCGGCAGUGGCGAGAAGAACUGGACAUUGAAGGCUACAUACGUCGAGAUCUACCAGGAGCAGCUUCGCGAUCUGUUAGUCGAUGAGACAAUCCCACAACAGGACAGAGCACAAGUGCAGAUUCGAGAGGAUCCCAAGGGCAGGAUCAUGGUCACUGGUCUCACACAAAUAAACAUCAAUUCGGUGGAAGACCUACUGAACGCGCUCAACUUCGGAUCCUCGAUACGGCAGACGGACGCUACGAACAUCAACGCCCGAAGUUCUCGAUCGCAUGCUGUUUUCAGCUUAAACCUCGUGCAAAAGAAGCCUGAUGGUUCCAUGACCCCAAAGCAAGAGAAGCGGGCGUCAACACCAAUCGACGGAAUGUCUGGCGCGGACAACAUGGUCACCUUGGACAGCAAGCUGCACUUCGUCGAUCUGGCUGGCAGCGAACGGUUGAAGAACACUGGCGCAACUGGAGACCGCGCGAAAGAAGGCAUCUCCAUCAACGCCGGCCUUGCGAGCCUUGGAAAGGUCAUCGCCCAGUUGUCGUCGAAGGGUCCGAAUGCACACAUCUCCUACCGCGACUCAAGAUUGACAAGACUACUGCAAGACUCGCUGGGCGGCAAUGCAAUAACAUUCAUGGUCGCCUGUGUGACCCCAGCAGUCUUCCACUUGAGCGAGACUCUCAACACCGUCCACUACGCACAACGAGCGCGAGCAAUCCAGAGCAAGCCCGAGAUCCAGCAGUCACAUGAGGAAGGGGACAAGCAGGCUGCAAUCGACAGACUACGCGCAGAGGUCUCUUUCCUGCGCGACCAGAUUCGGCAUUCGGAGCACUCGGACAACAAGAGUGCGGACAGUCGCGGCCGCUCGGAUAAGAUCCGAAGUAAGGAAGCAGACCUUGAAUCGCAGCUCAUGGACAUGCAGGAGAACUAUAAUGCUCUCAGUGGCCGGCACGCUAAGUUGAUCUCCGAACUCUCGAAGGCCCGUGAUGGCGAGACCACCGAUACACCUCUGCUCAACGAAGCGGUUGGUGCGAAUGCAUCGGAGAGAAUACAGCGGUCUAAUUCCUUCGCUCAAGCGGUCGAGCAGAUGGUUCUGGAGUACGAGAAGACUAUCCAGACUCUGGAAGGGUCCUUGUCAAAGACGCGAAGUUCGCUUUCCAACUCUGAAAGCACGUUGUUGGAGAAGGAGACACGAAUUGCGUACAUGGAGACAAUUCAGCACCAGCUGCAAGCACGGAUUCAGAAAGCACUCGACCGAGAGCAAAGCAACGAGUCCUACCUAGAGGAUCUGGAGUCCAAGAUCGAAGGUACCACUUCUGGUGAAGAGAAAAAUGCUGCGGUGAUCGUUGAAUUGCGCAAGGAGCUCGCUCGUGUGCGGGAGAGCGAGAACAGCGCGGAGGAGUACAUCUCUACCCUCGAAGAGCGACUUGCGGAGGCCGAGCACGACCAGGACGUCAUGCAGCGUGAGCUGGAGCGCCUGGAGCAUGUGGUGGAGAGGCAGCGAAGCAUUGGCCGGCUUGACAAUCUCCUUGGCGAACUCGACACCAUCAGAAACGGCGAAGAUGAUGGGUCGCACCAUCGGGGUACGAACGGAGAUGGACCACUGAUGAAUGGACAUCGCGAAAGCUAUGAUCCCUACAGACCUCAGUCCCAAGCUUACUCCAGCACCGAAAACACCCGCGACGACUACUUCGAGGAUGCAGAGGCUGAGCAGGCAGAAUCCGAGUACCCUGAAGAAGAGUUUCACGACUCUACCGCUACCCGAGACAUGAUGGAGCAGUCCACACCUCUUGCAAAGGCGCACAGAGCAACCCAGUCCGACUUCAUGGCCGAUAAGUUCGAGAACAUGACACAAGAACUGUUUGAUCUGCGCUCUGAGCACGAAAACGUCAUGAGCGAUUACGACAAGCUGCAGCAGAAGUACCGGACCGCACUGGAGACGUUGGCCAAGCUGGAGUACGACAAGGAGAUGCGCAAGCAAUCGAAGGACACACCUUUUUUAGCGGGCGCGGGGAUGAAGGGAGAGGAGAAGGCAGAGGCCGAUGGGCAGCCUUCAUCCUCGCGAUCGGCGUCGCCGGAGUUGUCCUCGCAGCAUCAAUCGACUUCCUCGCUCGACGAUCUGAUCGAGAAGGCGGACUCAGCUGGCUCGGAACCAGAGCAGGCUGAAACAUUGCCCGAGAUCGCGGAGAAGGAUGCGGUUGCUACCCAGGUACCGCUACCUGUUCCUAGCAUUCAAGAGCCCGCGCAUCCGGAGGUAGAGCUUUUGAGGCGGCUGAACUCUGAGCAGGAGGUCAACGCAGCUCAGCUCACCAAGACGUACAAAGCGCUGCACGCCCGGCAUGAGGCCACGCUCUUACAAGUCGAGGAGCUGAAGCAGGAGGUCGCCAAAUCACGGGAUAACCGGCCAUCAUCACCGAGCUACUCGCCGAGCUACGCCAAGCCCUACUUCAGCAGGCGGAAGUCUGACGAUGUCAUGGGUUCGGCUUCAGAUCGUGCCUCGCGGUCCAUCACCUCCCUCAAGACCAUUGCCAACCACAAUCUGGAGGAGAAUGUCGACGCCCGUCAGAGCUUCGACCUCAACCUCAAUACCGUCAUGUCGGAGCUGUCGAACCGGUCUGAGAGGGUACAAGCUCUCGAGGCCGAGCUGAGCACUGUCAGGAAGGAGAUGGAGACUAAGCAGACCAUCAUUGCCGGACUGACUCGUGAGCGUGGCAGUCUCAAGGCCUCCUUGGGUGUUGACUUCUCGGUCGUCCAGCAAAUGCGUGAGCAGUUGUUGGAGAGCGAGAACCAGAUUCGUCUUCUCCAAGAGCAGCACAUGGCCAAGGAGAAGGAGUUCGAGAGCCAAGUUGAUAGUCUCAAGGCUACUCUGGCAACGCAGGCACGACAGCUUCCAAUUCCUGGCGAUCACAGUCCUUCUCGGAUGCCUGGUGGUUUUGAAGAGACGCCCGCUCGAGAGCUUAGUGACGAUCAAGCCAUGGGCGGUGCGAGGGAAGCAGAGCAGGUUGCAAGGCUGCAGAGCCAACUCGAUGCUUGGGAGCUAAAGCACCAUGAGACCGUUGCUAGCAUGAAGACUUCUGAAGCUCAACUGUUGGAGACGAUAGCACAGCUCGAGGAGUCUGUCCGCAACGUUGAGGAUCGUGGCACCAACCGCGACACUCCAGUUGAGGCCUCGGACGCCGGUGCCGCCGCUACUGCCAUGCUGGAGAAGGAGCGGGCGAAGCACCAGGAAGUGGUCGAUGCAUUGCAGAGGGAGAUCGAAGAGCAUCGUUCGACCUCGAACAACCAUGUGCAACAACUGCAGGAACUGGAGACGGCUUACUCAAAGAUCUCGCAGCAGGUGGAGGAUGAUUCGAAUUCGCGCGAUCUGAGCUCGCAGGAGCUACAGACGCACAAGAACUUGAUCGCCAACUUGGAGAACCAGCUGCAGGUGCACAAAUCGACGAUCACCAUCCACCAGGAGAGCCUUGAGUCGCUGCAGUCUUCGCACAGCAAAGAGAUCGAAGAGCUGAAGGUGGCUAGAGAUGACUCAGAGAAACAGGCGACUGAGCGCUACGCAGCUCUUGAGACCCAACACAGGGACACCGCCGACAACUUGCAGAGCGAGCUCACGAAGGCCCAGAGCGAAAAGACAGAACUUCUACGAAGCGCAUCUUCAGCUCUUGGCUACCAGACGGAUGCUUCGACCCUGCACUCACAGAUCAAGGGCUUGGUUGAGGAGGGCAAGGAGAUCCAUGCUCGGCAUCUGAAGACCACGAAUGAGCUCAAGGCUGUUCAGGAGGAGCUGCAGAACGCGAUCAACAAGACCGUGGAUCUCGAGAACAAGAUUGCAGAACUCAAGUCGAUCAACGAGGAGACAAUAACCAGUCUGGAGAAGAUGACUGAGAAGGAGAAGAAGAGCUCGCGGCUGGUCGAUGAGCUGGAGGAGCAGUUGAACAAUACCUUUGACUCGCAUCAAGCUACCAACAACCGGCUCAGCACGAUGCAGGGUGAGGUUGCGCAGCAGAGGAUUGAGAUUGAGCGGGAGCUUGAGAGCCAGAAGUUGCGGAACCAGAUACUUGAGCAACAAGUGGAGGCCUACAAGCGUGCUUCUGUCCAGUCAGAGGCCGCUGUCAACUUCAACCGCGAGUCUCUAUCACCAGAGGCCGCCGCCAUUGCUCUUGCUCGCUCUGGUUCAGCUUCCUCCAACGCUCGCAAGUCUCUUCCGUCAGCGCUACCUACACCACCUCCAUCGAUACCCCUACCUCCAUUGCCAGGCUCACCUACAUCCGGUGCAAACCCAAUACCAAACGGCAUCGACGGCCGCGCUACCUCCCCACCUCCACAGCGAACAACCUCUCCCAUCCCGAACAACACCUCGCCACCAGGCUCACGCCACGCUUCGCGCGACAUCAACCACCGCGGCUCGCAGCAAGUCGAAGAGCAAGAAGCUCGCAUCCGCACCAUCGAAAAGCAUCUCUUCGCCGAGAAGCAGCUCACCGCCACCCUCGAAGAAGCGCUCGUCGACCUCGAAACGAGCGCCAACCGCACCAAAGCCGAGGCCGAGCAAUGGCGCCGCAAAGCCAACGGCUUCGAAGACGAGCUCAAGAACUUGCAGCGCGAGAAGACGAACUCCCGCGCAAGUCUGCAGGCCGUGGAAGAAGAGCGCGAGAUGCGUGUCCGUGCGGAGAGGGCGCGGCAAGCUCUUGAACAGAGGAUGGAGCAGCUCAAUUCGUCGAAGAAAAAGAAGAAGAACAGCCUGAACUGCUUCUAG